AUGGCUCGAUCCUACACCCCGCUCUGGAGAGCUCCGUUGAUCUCUACCUCACCCACGACAAACUCCUUCGACCUCGAUCCUACACUCACACCCCAUCGUCGCUCCUCCUUGCCAUCAUCCGUCCGCUCUCCGCCACCACCGCAACCAAGACCGUUCGAGAUUCACUAUGAUCCGUGUGCUGGACCACGCAAAGCGCCUCGCCCGCCACAGUACCGACACCGGAGGAAACGAUCCAGGCAUAUGCGCUUCAAGGAUCCAGCUCAUUCGGGAUUGUUCACCUUGACCGAGGUCAUGGAAGAGGAGGAAGUCAGACCAGUGGCGUAUGCGACACCCUCUAUCAGUCGCACACCCAGCGCUGUCCCGUCUUCAACCUGUUUCCCAUGUCCAUCGCCACGGGUCGAGCUGAGCACCACAUCAGACGUUCUGGCCGUGGGUGAGAUGGAGGAGAUUGUUCUGGAGGAAACGUCCACGGAAGAAGAGGUACCAUGCUCGCCCCCAUUCGUCUUUGACGAGCUCAUCCCGGAGACACUUGCUAGACCCUCUCGUCGCCCUCCGCCACUGGACUUGUCAAAAAAGCCACUCUCCCGGUACCGAUCUCACCCAUUCGCCUCUUCACAUCCUCCAUCAGAGCCCCGGCCGCUCUCCGACUCCUCACUCCUAUCACCGCUCCCCAUCCUAUCCCCGGGCGUAUUCCGCGCCAGACAGCGGUCCGCCUCGACACCUUCGCCUCAGGAGGAGACGGCGUUCAAGAUGGCACGUCCGCUGGAGGAUAUUCGCCCGCCACAUUCCCGCCACGAGACGAGCUCUGCCACAUCGUCGCGAGGGUCAGAUGUCGACCUCGAGUCUGUCCUCCAGGAACUAUUGGCCUCGUGUGGGGAGAUCUCCCCUCGGUUCAGUCAAGACUAUUCUGAAGACUGGACAGUGUUUGUAGAGAAGGGCAACGAGAGGCCGUUAUCCUGCCAGUCCCUCACAUCCGAGGCGAGCUGCGACAUGGCCUCGUUUCCUCUUCCACCCGCUCGGCAGCUCGGCAGUCCGAUCGCCCUGUCGCCUCUGUUGGUCACACCUGUGACGCCUCCAGAAACCACUUGCAAUCCCUUUGACUCGCCUGUGACACGAACAUCCGAACGGGGGACAUCUUGGCGUCCAAAAUUAUCUAGUACUCACUCCUUCCUUCAAGCAAUGUCAAGGAACGAGGAGAUGCUGCCUGCCUCUCCCACUCCAUCAGGGAGUACUUCUUCGUCGGGAUCUUCCGGUUCGAGAUUGCCGAAGCGUAAAGGGCUGCCAGAGAUGUGGCUGGCCUAA